AUGCUGUUUCUUCUCGCUCUCACCUCUUUGCACUCUCGUUCCGCCCAAAACCAAUGCAACGACAUAAACGAUUGUCGGCGUCUAUUCGACAUCGUCUGGGGCUGUCUUGUCACCAUCUUCUUGUGCAUCUGGGUCUCGGUGCACCCCAACAUACCUCCCCCAUGUCCUGAGGCCCCGAAAGGGAUUGGCUUGGGCUUCUGGCACUGGUGGCUGAUUGGGAGCAACCGACCAUUCUUGCAGCGACUGAAGCUGAUGACGGUGGCGCUAAUUGCUCCUGAGAUGAUUCUGGGGUUCGCAGCAAGACAGUUCCAGAUGGCGCAUUACUUGUCCCAAGAUCACGGUGUCUCUCUAACACACGGAUUCUUCAUCGUAAUGGGCGGCUUCGUGGAUGCUGACGGCCAUCCAAUCGUCACACAAAAGCAACUGCGAGUCGAUAGCGUUGUCGGGCAAAUAUGUGCGGUUGACAAGUCCGACAUCGAAGACAAGAGUAAAGGCGAUCUCUUCUCGAAAGCAAUCGCGCUUUGCCAAGGGCUUUGGUUUAUCGCACAAUGCAUCGCUCGGCGAGCCCAGAGUCUUCCCCUUACCGAGCUGGAGGUCGCGACACUUGCGUUCACAGCCAUUAACGCAAUGACCUGGCUGCUCUGGCUUAGAAAGCCUUUGGAUGUGCGAAACCCAAUCAAACUUUCAGCUCAUACCACCCCUUCAAAUCAUGUCCUUAGCGACCCAUAUCCCGCCGACCUGAGCGGUCUCGAGCGGUUUGGUUUCCUGCUGGUAAACACAUACCAACAGGAUGAAUACGACCCAUUCUCCAGCCAGUUUGUGCCGACAUUCUGGUGUACGGCAUACAACGACCGUGACGAGCUCCCCGUCCUGUCAUCGUUCAUAACUCUCGGUGGCCAAUUUUUUUGUGGCGCUAUCUUUGGUGCUAUUCACUUUGCCGCGUGGGGGGCGCCGUUUCCCUCUGUCGUCGAGAUGUGGCUGUGGCGCAUCGGAACGCUGGUACUCGUUGCCCUACCCAUCCUAUUCUUGCUCUUGGUUAUCGGCAUCACUAUACUCCCCUCUGCCCAAGGUAAAUCCCCAGCCUUGGUUAUCGUUAUUUUCUACUCGAUGGCACGAUGCAUCCUCUUGGUUUUGCCGUUGUCCACUCUGCGUUCCCUCCCCCUCGCCGCGUUCGCUGAUGUUAAUUGGAGUGUUUAUAUACCUCACUUAUAG